CAUAAACGCUUUAGGGCUCAUUUUACCGGUUUAGAAACCGCAUCACUCUGAGACAGUCCUAUCGAGGAGUGCACGAACAGACAGCGCUUGACAAAUCGACGUGAAGUAUUUCUGUUUGUUAUUUUGACCUUUCCGACGUUGUUUAAGGAUGGAGAAAAUGAGCUACACGUUCAGUCAGCACUAUGAGGAAAAAAUCCGCCCUUGCAUCGACACUAUCGACAAUUUACGGUCUUUGGGAGUCGAAAAGGACCUGGCGUUGCCUGCCAUCGCCGUCAUUGGAGACCAAAGCUCAGGAAAGAGCUCUGUUCUGGAGGCGCUGUCAGGAGUAGCGUUACCCAGGGGUAGUGGAAUUGUUACACGAUGCCCUCUUGAGCUCAAGAUGAUAAGAACUAAAGGCGAAGGGAAAUGGCAUGCGAAAAUCAGUUACCAGGACUAUGAGGAAGACAUUGAUGACCCAGCAGAAGUGGAGAAGAAGAUUCGUGAAGCCCAGGAUGAGAUGGCUGGAGCAGGUGUUGGUAUUAGUGAUGAACUCAUCAGUCUGCAGAUCACCUCUGCCAAUGUUCCUGACCUCACUCUCAUCGACCUUCCCGGGAUCGCUCGAGUGGCAGUCAAGGGUCAACCUGAGAAUAUUGGAGAUCAGAUUAAGAGACUGAUCAGGAAGUUUGUUACAAAGCAAGAAACCAUUAACCUGGUUGUGGUGCCAUGCAAUGUUGACAUCGCGACCACAGAAGCAUUGCAGAUGGCUCAGGAGGAGGACCCUGAGGGCGAAAGGACUUUAGGCAUCUUAACAAAGCCAGACCUGGUGGAUAAAGGCACUGAAGGGACAGUGGUAGACAUUGUGCAUAAUGAGGUCAUUCACCUUACUAAAGGAUACAUGAUUGUAAGGUGCAGGGGACAAAAAGAGAUUAUAGAUCAUGUCACUCUCAAUGAGGCCACAGCAACAGAGAACGCCUUCUUCCAAGACCAUCCUCAAUUCAGCAAACUCUAUGAAGAAGGUUUUGCUACUAUUCCUAAGUUGGCUGAGAAACUAACAAUUGAGUUGGUUCAUCACAUUCAGAAAUCUUUGCCUCGGUUAGAAGAGCAAAUCGAGGCGAAGCUCGCAGAAACACAGAAGGAGCUGGAGGCGUAUGGCAACGGACCCCCAUCAGACCCUGCAGAAAGACUGAGCUUUUUCAUUGAUAAAGUUACAUCUUUCAUACAAGAUACCCUCAAUCUGACCACUGGGGAAGAGAUUAAAUGUGGAUCAGAUCUACUGAUUUUUCCAGAACUUCGUAAGGAAUUUGCAAAAUGGAAUGGCUUCUUGGAUCAUUCAGGAUAUUUAUUCAACAGGAAGAUUGAGAAAGAAGUUGAUAACUAUGAAGCCAAGUAUCGGGGAAGGGAGCUUCCAGGAUUCAUCAAUUACAAGACCUUUGAAGGGCUUGUUAGGGAUCAGAUCAAGAUGUUGGAAGAACCUGCCUUAAAGACGCUGAAGACCAUCGCCGAUGUGGUUAGAAGGAAGUUCAUCCAACUGGCCCAGUACAGCUUCGCUGGAUUCCCUAAUCUUCUGAAAAUAGCAAAGACUAAGAUUGAAGCCAUCAAGCUGGAUAAAGAAUCCUUGGCAGAAUCCAUGCUGAGGACCCAAUUCAAGAUGGAGCUCAUUGUUUACAGUCAAGACGGCACAUACAGCCAGAGCCUGCAACAUGCAAAGAAUAAGCUGGAAGAGGAUGAAAACGAUGAAGACACUAAAAAAAGUGUUAAUUGCAUGAGCGUAGGCAUUAGCACAGACAGUAAUGCCACCUUGCGUGAGAUGAGGUUGCACCUUGAGUCCUACUACUCCAUUGCAAGCAAGCGUCUAUCUGACCAGAUCCCAAUGGUGAUCCGCUAUCUGCUGCUCCAGGAAGCAGCUUUGGAGCUGCAAAGGAACAUGUUGCAGUUGCUGCAUGAUAAAGAUGGUGUUGACUACCUGCUUAAAGAAGACUUUGACAUUGGCCAAAAGCGGGAGAGCUUACUGAGUCGUCAGAAACGUCUGAUGAAAGCACGCAGCCUCUUGGUUACCUAUUAGAAUUCACUUCAUAUAGUCGAUUGCGACAGUUUUAAUGCAACAAAAUCAUAUGCUCAAGAGGUUAUAGCUUGACAUAUUACAUUUACAUUACAUUUUAUCAUUGAAUCAUGCACUCUCGCCUCAUAUAAUAUGCAGUGUGCCAGGAAUUUUGGGCAUCCUAUUUGACUGUAGCUUAAGGUUUGACAAACAGGAUAAAUGUUUUUAUCAACUUUGCCUUCUUAGUAAAGCCCCAAUGGCUCCCUUUCAAGUAUCAGAUUGAUUUUGACUCUUCUUAUUUUUUUGUCUACAAAGCCCUCAAUAACCUGGCACGUCAAUACUUAACUGAUUUAUUGCUCCCGUAUACCCAUAGGCGUAAUUUAUGGGUGGGACGGAUGGGACAGGGUCUAUAUAUAAACAUAUAUACGAGGGCAGAUUAGAACCUCUGACACGCUUAACAAAAGUUCUACCGCCAAACCAUUAGAGCUCACGAACAAUUAUAUCGGAUCUAUGUAUUUAUUCACUAAAGUGAAGAAUCUCAGGACUUGCAAUAUAUUGUAUUAUAGGAUUAAAUUAUCACAUUAGAUGUCGAUAAAUUAAUUGUUGAUUUCUGGACAUCGUAAUGUUAUUUGCUCCGGAGGAGCGUAAUGUUAUAUUGGCCUAGAGUUAAACUUAAAAACUGUGGUUAUCGCGCUUUCCCUACCACUGGAACGAAACUUUAGAAUAGCCUUCAUCUUUACAUUAGGCAUGCCCCAUCUAUCACUGCUUUUAGACAUUUUUUUUUCUCCCUGGCAUUUAACAUUCCUUAUUUACAUUAUUUUGGGUCUCUCUUGUAUAGUGUUGUUUUUUAUUUUGCUUUUAUUUCUCUAUUUUGUUUUCUUUUAAUUGAUUGUGAUUCUUUUAUCCAUUGUAAAGCCCUUUGGUCUACCUCAGUUGUGUUUAAAUGAGCUCAAUAAAUAAACGAUUGAUUUAUGUGCUGAAAAA